AUGCGCAGUGUGAGUAAUGGCGAUGGAGAGAUGGAUCUUUCUCUGAGGCUCAAUCGGGUAUCAGAAGGGGAGUAUUUGAGUGAAACCAAACCACAUCAGGAUCUGACAGAGUUGCCUAAUUUAUCGAAACCUGAAUAUCAUCGGAUUUUGAACAUGGAAAGAAAAAGCACCGUUCACAGUGGGGAGAAACCGUACACGUGUCAUGCGUAUGGACAAGACUUCAGCCAAUCAUCUGCCCUGUCAGAACAUAAAUGCAGUUACAAUGUGGAGAAACCAUGGAAAUGUGGUGAUUGUGGGAAAGGAUUCAAUUAUCCAUCGGACCUGGAGAGACAUCGUCGCUGUCACACUGGCGAGAGACCGUUCACCUGCUCCAUGUGUGGGAAGGGAUUCACUCAGUCAUGCACCCUGGUGAUACACCAGCAAAUUCACACUGGGGAGAGGCCAUUCACCUGCUCCGAGUGUGGGAAGGAAUUCACUACCUCAUUCCACCUGCUGAGACAUCAGCAAGUACAUACCGAGGAGAGGCUUUUUCAAUGUCCAGACUGCGGAAAGUGCUAUAAAAGUUCCGAGAGUCUGAUGGUGCAUCAACGUAUUCACACUGACGAGAAACCGUUCAGAUGCUCUCACUGUGGGACUGGAUUCAGGUGGUCAUCUGACCUCACUAAACACCAGCGAAUUCAUACUGGGGAGAGGCCGUUCACCUGCUCUGAAUGUGGGAAGGGAUUCACUGAUUCAUCCACCUUGCUGAGACACCAGCGAGUUCACACUGGGGAGAGACCUUUUAAAUGUCCAAACUGUGGGAAGUGUUUUAAAAGCUCUGGGAACCUCAGGUCCCAUCAAAAAAUUCACAUGGAAGAGAGACUGUUCAGGUGCUCUCACUGUGGGACUGGGUUCAGGCAAUCAUCUGACCUCACUAAACAUCAGCACACUCACACUGGGAGAGACCAUUCACCUGCUCCGAGUGUGGGAAGGGAUUCAUUAGUUCAUCCAAACUGCUGACGCACCGAACAGUUCACACUGGGGGGGAGACCAUUACCUGAUUCAAGUGUGGGAAGAAAUUCACUCAUUUGUCCCAGCUGCUGACAAAGGUCAAGUAACCAGACUGAUUGGAUUAGUGUUAAUCACAUCCAGGACACAACCACUUACAUUGGGAUCUGUUCCUGCUGAUGUGACUAAACUCCAGCCCAGUUAUAGGGGUUGAUAUUGUGAUGAGAGUGAAAUAAAUUAGCUUCUUGUUAAA